AUGCGUCUCCCACGCGUCUCCCACGCGUCUCUCACGUGCACUCUCACGUGCACUCUCAUGUGCUCCCUCACGCGCUCUCUCACGCCCACUCUCAUGCGCACACUCACACGCUCUCUCACGCGCUCUCGCACACGCUCUCUCCCACGCUCUCUCACACCCGCUCUCACACGCACUCUCAUGUGCACUCUCACGCGCUCUCUCUCGCGCUCUCUCAUGCGCACACUCAUGCCCACACUCACGCGCUCUCUCACGCGCACCCGCACACGCACUCUCACACGCUCCCUCCCGCGCAUUCUCACACGCUCUCUCACAUGCUCUUUCAUGCUCUGUAACGCGCACUCUCACGUGCACUCUCAUGCGCUCUCUCACGCGCUUGCUCACGCGCUCUCUCACGCGCUCUCUCACGCGCUCUCUCACGUGCACACUCACGCGCUCUCUCAUGCGCUCUCUCAUGCGCUUGCGCACGCGCUCUCUCACGCGCUCUCUCACGCGCACUCUCACGCGCACUCUCACGCGCACUCUCACGCGCUCUCUCACGCGCUCUCUCACGCGCUCUCUCACGCGCUCUCUCACGCGCUCUCUCACGCGCACUCUCACGCGCACACUCAUGCAUUCUUUCACGCGCUCUCACAUGCACUCUCUCACGCGCAAUCUCACUCGCUCUCUCACUCGCACUCUCCUGCACGUUCGCUCCCGUGCACACGCUCUCCCUCGCGCUCCGUCUCUCCCCUUCUUCAAACGAAAGUGCAAUGA